UUUUAAAUAUUAAUUUUCUUUUUAUUUUUCCAACAUAAUCAAGUAUAAAUACGCGCAAGUGAAAAUUUCAAUUCGCAUCUGCCACACUGAAAAUUUCGAUCAAUACACGAAGCUUGUCAUUGUAUCUGCUAAAUUCUGCAAUGGAGGGCAUGUCUGCUCUCCACCAAAAGAGUGUUGCUCUCUUGGUUGUUGCUACAUGUACUCACAGCCAACAACAACAUUCACAGAAAUGUUGUCAAUCUUGAUUUGGACCUAUUGGUAUCUUUGGGCAGCAAUAUUGGCAGGAUUGACACUUGCUGCAGUAUGUGGCUGUUGGUUGUGGCAACGAAGAAAUGAUGACUUGUCAGAUGAUGGAAAUGGAUCUGAACGUGCAUCAUCAACAUCAUGCUAUGCACCACCUCAUUACAGUAGAUGUAGUUCAUUUGUUCAAGCUCUUCCACCACCAUACAAUGAGGUGACUUCAAAGCCAGAUUUAUAUCCACUUGUUAUUGGUUUUGAUGAAGGAAUUGGUAAAGGACCAUCUGGUUUUGUUAUGAGAUAUUUUCGUACAUUAUCACAUGCAAGUACACUUGAUUCAUUGAGUUCAAGUUUUAUGUGUAAUGUUGUUAAUGAAGCAAAUACAAUAAUACCACCACCAUAUUCAUGCAAUAAUAGUAUUGAUGAAUUAUCAGUUAUGGAAUGUGAUAGAGGAGGUGGUGGCGGUGGUGGUGGUGAUACUUGUGAUGGUGGAUCAAUUGUAUCACUUGGUAAUAAUAGAACAACAUCAGACAUAUCAAGUUUAGCUGCACAAUCACCAUGUUCACCACCCCGAGCAACUAGUCCAACAAUAGAGUUACGUGAAUUACUUGAUAAAAUUCAACAAUUACCACAUGAAAAUAGUUAUUCAUCUUAUCAAAGUAGACCAUCAAUAUUAAAUACACAAUUAAAUAAUAAUCAACAACAACAACAACAACAACAAUUAACAAGUCCAAAUGAUUGUCCAUUAUCACGUAUGCGUCGUGCACGUGGAAAAAUGUACAUGCCACUUGGACAAUCAUCAAUAAAAAGUAAAAAUAAAAGAUGGUUAUCAAGAUCAGCACCAACAACACCAUCGGGAACAAUACCAAUGACACUAUUGCCUGGACAAAGUAGUAUGAGGCCUUCUGAUUUAAAUGAUAAUUAUAAUCAACAAGCUGUACCAUUAUUGUCUGAACAAGAUGAAAAUAUUGGUAAUAAUGUUCUUACUGAACAAGAAGAAGAAACACAACAAUUAUGACAAAAAUAUUAACAUUAAUAAUCAACAAAUUAAAUAUGAUAAAAUUAAUUUGCGAUAAAGCUAAUUAAGGCCAGAAAAUUAUUUUCUUUUUUCUUUUAAUUUAAAAUAGUAAUAUUUCGGUGAUUAUUAAAAAAACGAAAAAAAAAAAACAAUUAAGACUGUCAAUGUUGAAUGAGAUAUUUUACCUCAUUCAAUUAAUAAAAAAUAAUAAAUGAUUUG